CUGGCAGCACUUCACGAGCGCCGGUUACCACACAGCAUGAUUUGGACGAUGAGGCAGCGUGCGUAAGUGUCGGUUGACAGGUGUCAGAAUGACAGUAGCGAUGACAAGAGAAGGAGAGAGAGACGGAUAGCCGUCAAAUGUAUGCGAUGUAAAUAAAAACAAGAAAGGAAGAAAUUGAAUUAGUUUGAUACCAUUUGCAAUUGUGGAUAAUCGGUAGAAAAUAGAGGAAUAGUUCGAAAGUUUGUUCGGCGAUUAGAAAAGAAGUUAGAUUUUUGGUUGGAGUAGAAAUAGUUCCGCGAGUGACUAGUGAGCAUAUUGUCAGAUUUGGUCAGACGAUCACAAGCGAAAUUAUAUUUCCGAGCCGUGGACGAAAAUUGAGUGGUUGAGGAGCUUGAGGCCCGACGGGACGAGACAGGUUGGACAGCAAGCGGACUUGAGAAACCAGAUACAGAAUACGCACGACGAGGACGAGACUUCCAACACAGUGGUCCAAAACCGAAUUUCUAUAGGACAAAAUUCGUUGUUGCGUUGUCUGUAAAGGAAGGUAGAAGGAAAGCCAGUGAAGGAGAAAGACAAACUAAAAUUGUAAGUGUGCUCAUUAGAAAUAAGAAAAAUGCUUAAUUGUAUGACUAUUGACGGUACAUUAAAUUCAUUACUUACAGUUUGAUCUGCCACAAUAAAAGGCCGAUUCACAAAAAUUGUUUGCGCCGAUUUUGAUCCGAACAAAAUCAAAAAUUUUAAAUCGGAUUCUUCGGAAUGGCUUCCUCACCCUCCAAGACCGAGCAAUGUUUGUUCUGCUCGAUGUCGGAGUCGAUGUCUGAGGACGUAAACUGGGUCCAAUGUGGGAAGUGUCAACACUGGGCACAUUUUUCUUGCGCUGGUGUUGAUCAAGGGGUUGUCAACAGUGAUUGGCGGUGCCCACAGUGUCUCCCAAGUAGUGCGCAGCAGCUGAAAGUUCCGGAUGCAGCGGCCAAGAAGCGGAGCAAGAAGUCCGGCCAAAGAAGCGAUGGAGGGUCCGACCUGGGAGCUGGCUCUGACGUGGAUCCGAUUGAGAAGCAGUUGGAAGAGGAGCAGCUCGCCAAGGAGAAGGCCUUUGCAAAGCAGAUGGCGGCGCGGAAGAAGCUACUUGCUCGGCAGAAGGCGUGGAAGGAAGAACAGCAGAGGCAAGAACAGGAGAUGCGUGAGCUGGAACUCCAGGUUCAACGCGAAAUGGAGGAGCAGCAGUUGGAGCACGAACAGAAGUUACUGGACGCCCAACUGGCAGCAGAGCAAGCAUUUGUGAAGAAGCGGGAAGCGAUUCGGAGGCAGUUUACGAGCAGCGUCAACCGAGUCAACGCGCUGAAAGGCCAAGAAAGCGCUGUUGGCGAAGCUUCGGAGGACCAUCCGAAGAAGAGAGUGAAGGAGUGGCUGAAGGAUCAGUCGGCGGCAGUCGUCAAGCCGUCGACCGCGGAUUUUCGGGGAGCGUACCCAAAAGGAGACGAACUAUUCGGAGCGGGAUGCUCGACGCAAGUUGGCAAGCCAAAGCCGAUGUCGAAAGUGCCGGUGAUCACGGAAUUCGAAGCUGGCACAAGUGAGGACAGCGACAGUGAUGGCGACAGCAGCAGCGACGAGUCGUUUAAAGACGUUCGUGCGGAGAGCAGCCGGCGUGGCAGUCUGCGGAGGAGCAGAGUUGUUGACGGGCCGGGGCCAAGAGUUGGCCGAAUCUACGAAGAGCAGCUAGAUGAUCGAGCGGAAAGCAGCCGGCAUAGCAGUCUGCGGAGAAGCAGAGGUGCUGAAGGGCCAGGGCCAAGCGUUGGUCGGAUCUCCAGGGAGCAACUAGCUGCUCGAAAAGCAGUGUCGCAACACCUUCCAAAGUUUCGGGGAGAAGCAGAAGUCUGGCCGCUGUUCAUUAGCAGCUUCGAAUACACGACGGCGGCGUGCGGAUUUUCAAAUCUGGAGAACCUGAAGCGGUUGCAGGACUGCUUACAAGGCGACGCACUCGAGGCAGUAAGAAGCAGGCUGGUUUUACCGGACUCAGUACCAGACGUGAUAACCGAUCUACGGAAUCUGUUCGGGAAGCCGGAGAAGCUGCUGAAGACGCUGCUGACGAAGGUGAGAAACGCUCCAGCGCCGAGAGCCGAUCGGCUGGAAACCUUCAUAAGUUUCGGCAUCACCGUAAAGCAAUUAUGUGAUCAUCUCGAAGCGGCACAGCUCAGCGACCACCUCAAUAACCCGAUGCUAGUGCAGGAGCUGGUCGACAAAUUGCCGCCGAGCUACAAGCUGGAUUGGGUCCGGUAUAAGCGCGGCAGAGUAGACAGUCCGCUGAGGAUGUUCACUCGAUUCACAACCGACAUCGUUUCCGACGUCUCCGAGGUGACGGAGUUCUCUACACUGUCGGUGAACGAGCGGGUGCGGCCUGGAAGAGAGAAUCCCCGGAAGAAGGAGUUUGUGCAUGUGCACGAAUCAGAGAAGAGGCAGAAUGAAGGUUCUCGCAGCGAGGUGACCAGCCGGCCAUGUUGGAUUUGUAGGCGAACGGAUCAUCUCAUCCGUAAUUGUGAUGAGUUUAGGAAAAUGAACAUCGCGGAGCGGCUACGAGAAGUCGAGAAGCAGAAACUCUGCGGAAUCUGCUUGAACAAACACAGCGGAAGUCGGUGUUCGUCGAAGAUCCGGUGUAUGAUGCGGAAUUGCCAGGGAUCUCAUCAUCCUUUGUUGCACCGGGUGGAAGAGUCAGUGCAGCUGCAAGAAGCGAAGUCAGACUGCAAGGUGAUUUUCCGGAUGAUGCAAGUGACACUUCACGUCGGCAAGCGGCAGUACGACACCGUCGCGUUUCUGGACGAAGGUUCGUCGGCGACGCUGGUGGAUGAUGCAGUGGCAAAACGGCUGAAGGCAGGAGGAACACUCGAGCCGCUGAUAGUCACGUGGACCGGCAAUAUCAACCGGUUUGAGAACGAGUCUCGGACCGUAGAGAUUUCCAUGUCGGCGAAGGGCUCGAAGGAAAAGUAUCCGCUGUUCAAUACGCGAACGGUAUCAGAGUUGCAGCUGCCCAAACAGAACAUUCGGUACGCAGAGGUGGUCAAGCGAUACUCACAUCUCGCGGGAGUGCCGGCAAAGGACUUUCCCUCAGGUGUGCCUACGAUCCUCAUCGGACUGGAUAAUCUGCAUCUGUUCGCGCCGCUGGAGUCACGGGUUGGAAAGCCGAAUGAGCCGAUCGCCGUUCGGUCGAAGAUGGGCUGGACGAUUUACGGUUCCGAAAAGCGGAGACCGAUGGUGCAGACGUACCUGAACCUUCACUCCGUCGCACCAGUGAGCAAUCAGGAGCUCCAUGACAUGAUGCGGGAGCAAUACGUGUUGGAAGAAGCGCCGAAUACAUCGUUCGCCGUACCAGAGCCAUCGGAAGAGAAGCGGGCUCGACAGAUAUUCGAGUCGACGACGAAGCGAGUGGGCAAUCGUUUUGAAACGGGUCUUCUGUGGCGAAGCGACGAAAGGCGAUUUCCCGACAGUUACCCUAUGGCCGACCGAAGGAUGAAGGCACUUGAUCGAAAGUUGGAGCGAAGCCCAGCGCUGAAGGAGAACGUGUGUCGGCAGAUAGAGGAAUACCAGUCGAAGGGAUACGCUCACAAAGCAACUGAGGUGGAGCUGGCGGAAACACCACAGGGAACUGCGUGGUAUCUGCCGCUGAACGUCGUGGUGAACCCUAGGAAACCGGGCAAAGUCCGCUUGGUUUGGGACGCUGCUGCGUCGGUGAACGGGAUCUCCUUGAAUUCCGAGCUGCUUAAAGGUCCGGAUAUGUUGGUUCCGCUGCCACGAGUGAUCUGCCAUUUCCGAGAACGUCCGAUCGCCUUCGGUGGUGACAUCCAGGAAAUGUACCACCAAAUUCGCAUCAGAUCGGAGGACAAGCAGGCGCAGCGGUUUCUCUUCAGGGCGACCAGUGACGAAGCUCCGCAGGUAUACGUUAUGGACGUAGCGACUUUCGGCUCAACGUGUUCACCCAGUUCAGCACAGUACGUGAAGAAUCUGAACGCCGAGCAGUAUUCGGAACAGUAUCCGGAAGCGGCCGUAGCGAUAGUCAAGCGUCACUACGUCGACGACUAUUACGAUAGCGUGGACACUGUGGAAGAAGCGAUCCAGAGAGCUAGUGAGGUGAAAUACGUUCACUCCCGCGGUGGCUUUCACAUCAGGAACUGGGUUUCGAAUUCAGAGGCGGUCCUGGAGGAACUCGGGGAGCGAAGCAGGGAAACAGCAGUUCAUUUUAGCCUGGACAAGAGCACGGAGUACGAACGGGUGCUGGGAAUCGUAUGGGAUACGGUCGAAGACACUUUCUGCUUUGCCACCGCGUCGAAACCAGAGUAUUCAACCGUCCUUCGAGGAGGAGUACGCCCGACCAAACGAAUCGUGCUCAGUAUCGUGAUGGCGCAGUUCGACCCUAUGGGAUUCCUGGCGCCAGUAACAAUACUAGGAAAGAUGCUGAUCCAAGAUCUUUGGCGGACAGGCUGUCAGUGGGACGACGUGGUCGACGAUGCGGCGUUCAACAAAUGGAAACGGUGGACGAACAUUCUGGCCGAAGUUCGAGCAUUCAAGCUUCCACGGAGCUACUUUGGCAGUGCACGGUCGGAAGAGAUCCAGGACGUGCAGCUGCAUAUAUUUGCGGAUGCGAGCGAGACAGCGUACGGAUGCGUGGCGUAUUUCCGAGCCAUGGUACGAGGAGAAGUGAUGUGCGCGCUAGUGACCAGUCGUGCAAAGGUGGCGCCGUUGAAGCAGCUGUCGAUUCCGCGACUGGAACUUCUGGCAGCGGUGCUUGCUGCACGGAUGUCGCAAACGGUGCGUGAAAACCACAAUUUUGUCAUCACCAAGGUGGCGUUCUGGGUGGAUGAAGAGGUCGUGCUUUCCUGGAUUCGAUCUGAUCAGCGUCGGUAUAAGCAGUUCGUCGGUUUCCGCAUCGGAGAGAUCCUGAGCCUGACGAGACUGGCAGACUGGCGAUGGGUGCCCACGAAGCUGAAUGUAGCUGAUCAGCUGACAAAGUGGGGUAAGGAUCCGGAUACAAAGCCAAGCAGCGCUUGGGUGAGAGGACAGCAGUUUCUGUACGAGAGCGAGGAAGAUUGGCCGAGGAAGAAUAUGCCACCGGCGAACACGACGGAGGAGUUACGGGUGCAUCUACUGCUGCAUGAUGUGAAGGUUCCUGCGGUGCUUGUGGACGCAAACCGAUUCUCGAAGUGGACGAUCCUGGUACGGACGAUCGCGUGCGUGUUCCGGUUCGUGUCGAACUGCAGACGAAAGAAGGAAAGGCUGCCGACUGAAACGCUGCGAGCAACGAGUGGCCAGCUGAAGGUGCGGAUGGCAUCCACAGGAGCAUCAGUUCGCAUACCAUUGAAACAAGAGGAGUAUGAGAAGGCGGAGCGGUGUCUUUUAAAAGUAGCGCAGUCGGAGAGCUUCAUCGACGAGCUGAAAGUGCUGUUGAAGAACAAAGACCGAUCGGUGGACCGAUGGAUGGCGAUCGAGAGGUCCAGUCCGCUGUACAAGCUGACUCCGAUGAUCGAUGAGGAUGGAUUAAUUCGGAUCGAAGGCCGAACCGAGAGGGCGGAAUUUCUACCGUUCGACCUACGAUUUCCGGUGAUUCUACCGGACAACCAUCGGAUUACGCAGCUGAUCGUUCAGCAUUACCACGAGCGGAGUGGCCAUGGAUACCGUCAGGCGGUGAAGAACGAAUUGCGGCAGCUGUUCUACAUUCUCCACGUCGAUGCUGUAGUCCGGAAAGUGGCAGCUUCCUGUGUAUGGUGCAAGGUACAUCGAUGUCGUCCGGAAACUCCAAGAAUGGCGGCACUGCCAGUGCAGCGACUAACGCCGAAUCUACGGCCGUUCAGCUACGUCGGAGUCGAUUACCUGGGGCCGUUCGACGUGACCAUAGGGCGCAGAACGGAGAAGAGGUGGAUCGCACUGUUCACCUGCAUGGUAACACGCGCAGUGCAUUUGGAGGUGGCGUUUGGACUAACGACGCAGUCUUGUUUGAUGGCGAUACACCGGUUCAUCGGCCGCCGUGGCUGGCCGGUCGAGUUUUUCUCGGACAACGGGACGAAUCUCAGAGGAGCCAGCAAGGAAGUGGUGGAGUCUGUGCAGGGCAUCAGCGAUGACUGUGCAGACCAACUGACGAACGCGAGGACGAAGUGGACGUUCAACCCCCCGGCCGCACCGCACAUGGGUGGCGUUUGGGAGCGGUUGGUACGUUCUGUGAAGGAAGCGCUUACAGCGCUCGAUGACGGAAGAAGGCUAACGGACGAGAUUCUGCAGACGGCGAUCGUUGAGGCGGAGGACAUCAUCAACUCCCGUCCGUUGACAUACUUGUCGCAGGAGUCCGUAGAAGCAGAAGCACUCACUCCGAACCAUUUUCUGAGAGGUGCAUCUCCGAACCAACCGUGCGUGACACGGCCAUCUCCCCAACCGGCGGAGGCCCUUCGGGACGCGUUCCAGCGUUCACAGCAGUUAGCCAGCGUAAUUUGGGAACGAUGGAUUAAGGAGUACGUGCCAUCGUUGAACCAGAGGACAAAGUGGUUCGGCGAAUCGAGGCCAUUGCGAGUUGGAGAGGUAGUGUACGUCGUCGAGGGUGCUAACCGGAAGUGCUGGAUCCGUGGAGUAGUUGAAGAGGUCAUCGCGUCCGGCGACGGAAGAAUCCGUCAAGCGUGGGUGCGUACCAGCACUGGAAGGUACAAGCGAGCAACAGUGAAGCUGGCCAGGAUGGAGAUAGACUGUGGUAACCCUGAGCCGGAUGAGGCCUCCGGGACAGAGUUACGGGCCGGGGAAUGUUCUGGCAGCACUUCACGAGCGCCGGUUACCACACAGCAUGAUUUGGACGAUGAGGCAGCGUGCGUAAGUGUCGGUUGACAGGUGUCAGAAUGACAGUAGCGAUGACAAGAGAAGGAGAGAGAGACGGAUAGCCGUCAAAUGUAUGCGAUGUAAAUAAAAACAAGAAAGGAAGAAAUUGAAUUAGUUUGAUACCAUUUGCAAUUGUGGAUAAUCGGUAGAAAAUAGAGGAAUAGUUCGAAAGUUUGUUCGGCGAUUAGAAAAGAAGUUAGAUUUUUGGUUGGAGUAGAAAUAGUUCCGCGAGUGACUAGUGAGCAUAUUGUCAGAUUUGGUCAGACGAUCACAAGCGAAAUUAUAUUUCCGAGCCGUGGACGAAAAUUGAGUGGUUGAGGAGCUUGAGGCCCGACGGGACGAGACAGGUUGGACAGCAAGCGGACUUGAGAAACCAGAUACAGAAUACGCACGACGAGGACGAGACUUCCAACACAGUGGUCCAAAACCGAAUUUCUAUAGGACAAAAUUCGUUGUUGCGUUGUCUGUAAAGGAAGGUAGAAGGAAAGCCAGUGAAGGAGAAAGACAAACUAAAAUUGUAAGUGUGCUCAUUAGAAAUAAGAAAAAUGCUUAAUUGUAUGACUAUUGACGGUACAUUAAAUUCAUUACUUACAGUUUGAUCUGCCACAAUAAAAGGCCGAUUCACAAAAAUUGUUUGCGCCGAUUUUGAUCCG